AUGGGAAUCUUUUAUCGGACUUUUCUGUCUCAUUUCAGUUCUAAUAUCUGUAAUGGUCUACAUCAGCUCCUACAUCACUCCUACACCAGCUCCUACAUCACUCCUAUACCAGCUCCUACACCAGCUCCUACACCAGCUCCUACACCAGCUCCUACACCAGCUCCUACACCAGCUCCUACACCAGCUCCUACACCAGCUCCUACACCAGCUCCUACACCAGCUCCUACACCAGCUCCUACACCAGCUCCUACACCAGCUCCUACACCAGCUCCUACACCAGCUCCUACACCAGCUCCUACACCAGCUCCUACACCAGCUCCUACACCAGCUCUCACACCAGCUCUCACACCAGCUCCUACACCAGCUCCUACACCAGCUCCUACACCAGCUCCUACACCAGCUCUCACACCAGCUCUCACACCAGCUCUCACACCAGCUCUCACACCAGCUCUUGCAUCAGCUCCUACACCAGCUCCUACACCAGCUCCUACACCAGCUCCUACACCAGCUCUCACACCAGCUCUCACACCAGCUCCUACACCAGCUCCUACACCAGCUCCUACACCAGCUCCUACACCAGCUCUCACACCAGCUCUCACACCAGCUCCUACACCAGCUCCUACACCAGCUCCUACACCAGCUCCUACACCAGCUCCUACACCAGCUCCUACACCAGCUCUCACACCAGCUCUCACACCAGCUCUUGCAUCAGCUCCUACACCAGCUCCUACACCAGCUCCUACACCAGCUCCUACACCAGCUCCUACACCAGCUCUCACACCAGCUCUCACACCAGCUCUUGCAUCAGCUCCUACACCAGCUCCUACACCAGCUCCUACACCAGCUCCUACACCAGCUCUCACACCAGCUCUCACACCAGCUCUUGCAUCAGCUCUUGCACCUUUGUACAUUGAUCUACAGGGAAAUGCAUCUCGCUGA